AUGGGUCACCGUUCUGGGAGUGAUGGUAGUGAGCCCAUAAGACCAUGCUCUACACAAUGACAUGUUGGCUCCUGGUCCUGGUUCUCCACCUGGUCCUGCUGAGCCCCCCGCGGGUGGCAGCCUGUCCUGCCCGCUGCGAGUGUGCCCCGCAGAUCAAGUCGGUGGUGUGUCACCGCAAGCGACUCACCUCCAUCCCUGAGGGCAUCCCCACCGAGACCAAGAUCCUGGAGCUCAACAAGAACCGCAUCCGCUGCCUGAACCCAGGGGACCUCUCCCCAUACCCGCUGCUGGAGGAGCUGGAUUUCAGUGAGAACAUCAUCUCCAAUGUGGAGCCGGGCGCCUUCAGCAACCUCUUCAACCUGCAGACCUUGCGACUGCGGGGAAACCAGCUCAAGCUCAUCCCCCCAGGAGUCUUCACCAAGCUGACCAACCUCACCCUCUUGGACAUCAGUGAGAACAAACUUGUUAUCCUGCUGGACUACAUGUUCCAGGACCUGCGAAACCUGAAGAGCCUGGAGGUGGGUGAUAACGACUUGGUGUACAUCUCACAACGGGCCUUCUCGGGGCUGCUCGGCCUGGAGCAGCUGACCAUCGAGAGGUGCAACCUGACCUCCAUCUCAGCCGAGUCACUCUCCUACCUCCAGAACCUGGAGGUGCUGCGGCUCCGGCACCUCAGCAUCUCCGCACUGGAGGACCAAAACUUCAAGAAGCUCUACAACCUCCUGCAGCUGGAGAUCGACAACUGGCCAUUGCUGGAAGAUGUUUCCCCUACCAGCUUCCAAGGCCUGAACCUCACCUCGCUCUCCAUCACAUACACCAACAUCACAGCCGUGCCCGCCGCUGCCUUGAGGAACCUGGUGUACCUCCGGUACCUGAACCUGUCCUACAACCCCAUUAGCACUGUGCUGAAGGGCUCCUUUAAAGACCUCAUCCGGCUCCAGGAGCUCCACAUCGUGGGUGCUCUCUUGGUGUCCGUGGAGCCACAGGCUUUCUCUGGCCUGAGACAAAUCAGGCUGCUCAACCUCUCCAGCAACUUUCUCUCCACGCUGGAGGAGAGCACCUUCCAUUCCGUCAACACGCUGGAGACCUUGCGGGUGGAUAGGAACCCCCUGGCCUGCGACUGCCGCCUUCUCUGGAUCCUGCAGAGAAGGAAGACGCUCAACUUUGAUGGGCAGCAGCCCAUGUGCUCCUCACCACCCGAAAUCCAGGGCAAUGCCCUGCGUGACUUCCCGGACUCUGUGCUCUUCGAGUACUUCACCUGCCAGAAGCCCAAGAUAAAGGAUCGGAAGCUGCAGCACGUGACAGCCCGGGAAGGACAGUCCGUGUCCUUCCUUUGCCGGGCAGACGGGGAGCCAGACCCCUCCAUCGCCUGGGUGUCCCCCCAGCAUCGCAUGAUCACCACCCGCAGCACGGGGAGGGUGACUGUGCUGCCCGGGGGGACCCUGGAGAUCCGCUUUGCCCAGGUGCAGGACAGUGGCACCUACAUCUGCAUCGCCAGCAACGCGGGGGGCAACGACACCUACUUUGCCACCUUGACGGUCAGGGGGCGGCUGGCCGAUGGCUCCCACUAUGCCAACCGGACUUUGUACCUCAGCGAGUUCAACGACACCUCCCACAACGACACGCAAGUCUUCUUGAAGUUUACGUUGGACCUCAAGACCAUCUUGGUCUCUACAGCCAUGGGCUGCAUCACCUUCCUGGGCGUGGUGCUCUUCUGCUUCCUCCUCCUCUUCGUCUGGAGCCGGGGCCGGGGGCAACACAAGAACAACUUCUCGGUGGAGUACUCCUUCCGCAAAGUGGAUGGUCCCACCACCACCACCGGCCAAGGAGGAGCCAGGAAGUUCAACAUGAAGAUGAUCUGA